ACCCCCAACAACCCGUUCAGAGCCUAAGGCUUGCAAAACUGCGGAAUCAGCCUUUCAUCAUCUGGCACGCUUAUCUCUACCAGCUGGUUCUUCGAGUCUCGUUUGGCGAAAUGCUUGCACCAAACAGCACCACUCCCAUUUGCCUGUAGCCCACAUAUCCGCAAUGGGUAAACCCAAAUGUCCGCAAUGUGGAAGCAAGCUCCACACCACCUGUGAGGAAAACUACACACAAAUCAACGGUUUACAAGUUAUCAAGAAGGACGUGGACCCGGCAUUAUCGGCGAGACUCAAUUCUCUGUUGGACGACCUGCAAGAACCACUUCUCGCUCAUUUGUCGAGGGUUCCUAAUGUCUUCAAACCGCUGAUGUUCAGAAUCAAAAUUUUGGGAAUAGAUGAGAGCUCUGCCAAACCAUGGAUCGUAGUCUUUUGUCCAGCUGCUGUAGUGAAGAAUGUAGAAUCAUUCUUUCACAAGGACUUUGCUCGGAAUUGUUGCGCAGAUCUAUGUCUUGCAGGAGGACUUGAGGUGGCAUAUGUGGGUCGCCCUUUACGAUUCAAGAGCGGAUUAUGGGACGAUGUGGAAGUCACCCUUACAGCAGGCACACCUUCUACACAUCUUUGGUCAGGUCCAAUUACGCUCACCCAACGAUCAAAUGAGUAUCAUGCUACUAUGGGCGGCAUGCUAGUCUCUAAGGACGCAAAUAGUGUCGAAACCAUACACGGGCUGACUAUCGGGCACCUGAUACACUCUGAGAACGUCGUAGAGUCACCGCAGCUCGAUGUCGGUAUCGAUGACUUCAUUUCCAAACCCACUCCAGAAAGCGGCACCACGCUGGCAUCCUCACGUCGUACGUUGGGACAUAUCUCGAAUAUAUCGUUCUCUGCGAGAGCUCGAAAUAGAGAUUGGGCUCUCAUCGAGUUCUCCAACAGGACCACGGUCGCCAAUUUUGCCGCCAACGAGCCAGCGCGUGAGCAGUUUGUUCUUGGUACAUGUCAAGGAACCGUUCGGUUUCGUCCCGAUCCUCUCUCAAUUGGUGCGGCUAAGAUAUCGAACCUGCCUGCACGAGCCAUACUUCCUUCGGGAAACUCUUUCAUCAGUGUUCAUGCGAUGACCAUGGCCAGCUUUGGUGAAUUUGAGCUUCCGAAAGACUACUCCGGCUCCUGGGUUGUGUCAGAAGAGUUCAUCAUGAACACUAAUGAUGAUAGCCAGAGUGUCAUAACCCGUAGGGUAUGUGUCCAUGGCGUCGUUGUUGCAGAUGACGCCUAUGGUGAGGUCUAUAUGGUACCACUUCCUGGUGUCACGGAGGAUAUAAAGCAGGCCAUGGCUGCUACUUCUGUCUCACUGCCGCAUGAUACUCAGGAGAUCGUGCGCUUGAUACAACUGCAACGCUUCAAGCCAUACGCAAACACCGCUUUAACAAAAUGGCCGAUUGCUUCUAAAUCGCCGAUUGCUUCAAAAUCGCCCGGACCACGUAGCGAUGUAUGUUGGUACUGUCACGAGUGUGGUGAUGGUCCAUACGGAGAUUGGAAUCCAAGUUGCCAAGAGUGCCGGCAUGGUCGCUGUGAAACUUGUGGCGUGGUUAAAGUUUAAAAUAGACGUUGGGCAACAUUCAAUGUGGAGUUUUGACGUAUAGGCCACCGUCCAGAUAUACUCAAGUGCCCCUAAAGGGCUUACAACACCGUAACUUCUAAUCGUUCGUCAUGUCUGGUGGCCAGCUUCGGACCACAUCGUCGUAAACCCGAUUGUCACAAUCUGCUCACCAAAUCCUGUUUCUGCGUGGGUCUAGUUGCUGCGGCUGCCAAUCUAUAGUGUUUCUCAAAUGCAGUUUAGAUUGAAGUCACGGGUCUCCCGUUUCCAAGACCUAAAGCAACAAGAUACCUCCAGCCGUUG